AUGGGGAGCAUGAUGCCUGUAGGCAAUGUAAAAUACAGGGGUGCACAGAAUGGCUGGCUUGGGGUGAAGGAGCAUUUUCAGAUUGUUACACAGCACAAUAGGCUACGCAGUCGGGUCAGCCCCAUGGCAGCAAAUAUGCAGAAAAUGGAGUGGAGCGAGAGCCUGGCACUUUUGGCUCAGGAGAGAGCAAUGACCUGCUCUACAGAUCCAAGCCCACAUAAAAAGUACAUGGAUCAGGAGUACAUUGGUUGGAACACCCAUCAAUCAACCCAUGGUGCUGCAUCAUUCACUGAGGUCAUUGACUCUUGGUUCCAGGAGGGACAGGACUACAUCUACCUCAGUGGAAAAUGUAGAGAGAAUAACACAUGUGAACACUACACCCAGCUGGUGUGGGCUACGUCUAAUCAGGUGGGGUGUGCAGUGCAGGUUUGCCAGAGAGGACCUGAGCACUGGGAUCUGUUUGUCUGUGCAUAUUCACCUGGGGGGAAUUGGGAGGUGAAUGGCAGACAGGUGGUACCAUAUAAAGCUGGGGUUUAUUGUUCUCUCUGCACCUCCUCCAUGGCUGGCUGCUUCAGGCUCUGGGACCAUGUUGGCGGACUGUGCGAGACUCCUCGAAACCCGUGCCGCAUGAGCUGUGGGCAGAAUGGCAGUCUGAACAUCUCCUCCUGCCAGUGCCAGUGUGCCUCUGGUUUCACUGGCCGCUUCUGCCAGGUACGAUGCAGUGUGCAGUGUGUGCACGGGCGCUAUAAGGAAGAGGAAUGUUCCUGUCUGUGUGAUGUGGGCUACGGGGGAGCAGAGUGUGCAGAGAAGCUGGGGUUUCCUUAUCACAGCUGUGACAUGUGGAUAGAUGGGGAGUGCUUCAUGGUGUCCUCUGAGGCAGAGACAUACUACACAGCCAAGCAGCGCUGUCAGGAGAGAGGAGGAAUCCUGGCCCAAAUUCAGAACCAAAAGGUGCAGGACAUACUGGCCUUCUACCUCAGCCAACUGGAGACCACUAAUGAGGUCACCGACCCAGAUUUCGAGACUCGAAACUUCUGGAUUGGACUGACAUACAGACCACUUAAGGACUCCUUUCGCUGGGACACAGGGGAGAUCCCCUCUUUCAGCAGCUUUGCUUUUGGACAGCCUGACAAUCAGGGCUUUGGCAACUGUGUAGAGUUGCAGGCCUCUAGUGCCUUCAACUGGAAUGACCAGCGCUGUAAAACACGCAACAGAUACAUCUGUCAGUUCGCCCCAGAGCACAUAGCGCAGUGGGAGGUUGGACGCUGA